GAAGCAGCCACACUCAGUGACAGGUCAUUGUGCUGUAAAGUCUUGUCAACAUGGUACUUCUCUAGUAUACCAUUCUCCGCUGAUGCCGCCAUGCCCUGUUGGGAUCAUCGUCUGUCUCUCAACACCUGAUUCCAUCCCAGCAGGAGAGCUACGAGCCCUACAGGCUGGAGUCCGAUCCAUGUGGAGGAUGGGGAAUCUGAUGCGAGGUGCGAGGAUCAGUGAGAAGGCUGAUACAGGAACCACUGAAAGCUCUCUAAAAGGGUCUGACGAUAACAUAGUGGUGGUGCUCCAGGACUACCCGACUCCUGAAAUCAGCGAGCCAAUCUACAGGAUCGGGGAGAAGCUCAAAGUCGUUGCUCAGGAUGCAUACUGGUGGAGAGUGUGCUCUCUGCAAACAGGAAAGGAGAACUACAUACCAAACAGCCAUGUGGCAAAAGUGUUCCACGGGUGGCUGUUUGAAGGCAUAGAGAGGCAGAAGGCUGAAGAGCUGCUUUGUCUCCCUGGGAACAGAGUUGGCUCGUUCCUGUUGCGGGAGAGCACCAAGGAGAGAGGUCUGUAUUCGCUGGCAGUAAAGCACAGGACCGUAAAGCACUAUCGUAUCUUCAGACUGGACAACAGCUGGUACUACAUCUCCCCUCGCCUCACUUUCCAGUGCCUGGAAGACCUGGUCAACCACUACUCUGAUUUUGCAGAUGGUCUGUGUUGUGCAUUAACCUCCCCAUGUCUGUCAGCCACCAUCCCUCCAUUGGAUACAUCUAAUGGAGCACCACCUGUAGUCAUGAGACGCAACUUUGACUGGAAGAAAGUAGAUAGGAGUCAGCUGGUCAGCACGGAAAGCUGCAGUGACAACAUAGUGAGCUACGGAGUCAGGAACAGCAUCGCUGCGUACCUGUCCUUCUCUGGGAGUCAGAAUCCUUCACAGACGAAAGCAAACAGCAGGAAGAAAAAGAGCAAAUCUGUUUAUGCACUCCCUGACAGUGGCCUCGGGAACAUUGACUAUGAUGAUGACUUCUAGAGGUGACAGUGGGCGUUUAAAGACUGGAAUAUCUUUAAGUGAAGAGCAGCAUCAACAGAGUCCCUUGUGUUGGCAAUGGGCUGCACCAAACAGACUUUUGUUUUCAGCAUCCCAAACACCUAAUCAUGUUUUAGCUUACAUGAGCACUUUGACGUACUUUAGCAAAAAUGCAAAUUGUAUUAUCACUUACACAAUGACUCAGCAAAUAAGAUUAUAUGGAGCUGAAGUGUACAAUGUUGCAGUUGUGCCAUGAUGUGUUUUCUGCACCAGUGACAGAUUUUUUGAUAGCAUGACAUUAAGAUUGUAAAAUGAAACUUCAAUGAUAUGGGUAUUUUGGUUAAUAUUAUUGUGCAUAAGAGUAUUAAGAGCUUUCAAACUACUUUCCUGUGUUCUAAAUAAAUAUUAUAUGAUAAAUGGUUAUAUUUUGACACCCACUUA